AGCAGCUCCAGGGUUGCCUGCCCCACACCAUGUAGGAAAGGAAAGGUGGAUGGUGUCAAGAAACAACAUCAAGCUCACACGUGUGCAGGAUUUGGAUUGUGAGGGAUUGACACACGGUUUGGCAGGGGCUCCUCGGCUGACAGAACCAAGCCAUGGGCAUUUAUAGUCCAGAUCCUAAGCAAGGCAAAGCACUGCAGUUGGUAUGAAGAUGCCCAGUAAUAAACCAAGCAAACUAAAAAUCCUGCCUAAGGAUUUUGACCAAACCAAGGAAACCACAUCUUGGGCCUCUGUGUCUCAGUCACCACAUGGACACCCUGAGCAUCCGAUCCCAUGUGGCAGCAGAAACAGCGGCGAUGCCUCCUUGAGAGCGUUAUUGCUCGAAAUCCAGAAGAAAACAGACAAGAACCUAGAGAUCGUGACAGCCUUUGAUGGUAAAAUCGUGGGUCUCAAUACUCGCAUGGAUGUGCUGGAAGGGCGAGUCACCAGCCUGGCCCAGUCAGCCGCUCAGAACGAUUCCUCGGUCAAGAACCAGAAGGUGAAAACCCAACAGUGCACCCAGGCCUUGGAACGCUUGGCCCGAGAAAACAGCCACCUCGGCACCCGCGUGGAGCUACUGGAGAGCCAGGCCCGGGCCCGCACGCUGAGGAUUCUUGGGUUACCGGAGAAAGAGGAGGGGAGAGACUUGAUUGCGUUCCUGGAGAAAUGGCUGCCCACCGUUCUGCGGCUAGACGCACCCGGGGACCCCAUCGUCGUGGAGAGAGCCUACAGGGAAACAAACUGGAGGCAGAAGCCUGGGACAGACGCGUGCAGGACUGUUAUUGCUCACUUGGCGGACUUACGAGGUAGAGAGAGAAUAUUACAGCAGGCCAGGAGGCUGAAGAAUAUUAUGUACAGGCGGAAGCAGAUCCUGAUCUUUCCAGAUUUAAGCCCCAUCCCCCAAGAGUUCAAGGAGGCCUUCAUGCUGUUUGACAGGACCCCAACCGGGGAGAUGAAGAUCACCUAUAGUCAGUGUGGUGAUGUCCUGCGGGCUCUUGGGCAGAACCCAACCAAUGCUGAAGUCCUGAAGGUGCUGGGCAAGCCCAAACCAGAAGAAAUGAACACAAAGAUGCUGGACUUCGAGACCUUCCUCCCAAUGCUGCAGCACAUCUCCCGCUCCAAGGACCAGGGAACCUUUGAGGACUUUGUGGAAGGCCUGCGUGUCUUUGACAAGGAGGGGAAUGGCACCGUCAUGGGUGCCGAACUGCGCCAUGUGCUUGCCACACUGGGAGAGAAGCUGACGGAAAGUGAAGUGGAGCAAUUGAUGACAGGACAGGAAGAUGCCAAUGGCUGCAUCAACUAUGAAGCUUUUGUCAAGCACAUCAUGUCUGGUUGAAACAAGAAUCUUCAGGGUUUUCUGAAAUGUUUCCAUCCAACUAAGCAUUACCAACAGCAAGAAUUCUUGACCCAUGUCCCUUCCUUCCUAAAAUGUCCUGAGUCCGCAGCUGUAUCUCACAUGAGCCACAACAAAGAGUCCUCAUAGCCACAAUGUACCAACCCUACACUAUUGUGUGCAAUCACCUCUGUAUAUAAAAGGACACAUGUCUGCCCUUCCAUUUUUAAUCUUAAUUUAUUCUUUUGAUUUUGUUUCCCUGCGUCGUUUGACCCAUUAAAUUUCACCCACACCCUGAA